AUGGCCCAAUUUAAAUGCGACGAAACUUUUGGACUUCUUCGAAUCAGCAAACGACUAAGGCUGGCUACGCGUACACAAAAAUCCUUGAACGUAAUCAUAGAAGGACUUAAAAAACAUUCUCAAUUUCAUACAGAAACAGUACUGCCAGCAACCGUAACGAGAAGAAAAAGAAACAUACCAUGGUUCGGAUUCAUUGGUAAGAUAGCUGGGCCUGUUGCAGGCAUUCUAAACUACGAGGAUGGCAAGCGAUACGAGCAGGCUAUUGAGGAAUUAAAUUUAGGGCAAAGCAACAUUUCGAAGCUUAUGAACGAGCAGACUCACCUUGUGCGAUCAGAAUUAAAUAAAAUUCACCAAGUGGCCGAACAAAGGGAAUCUGAAAUGAAUGCUUUUCACCAAAUUAUGGGAGAAUAUUGGGGAAAUCUAACAGAAAUAAAUCAACACAUAAUCAUUGCUGAAUUUGAAACAUUAGCUUUAAAGACAGCUCUAGCAUUGGAAUUUUCAAUAGAAGAAUAUCAAGUAGGACUGGACGAGAUAAUAACAACAAUUCGAGGAGCGCAAGAAGGCAUACUGCAUCCCUCACUGAUAACGAAAGAUCAAAUCAUCACCAUAGCAAGAGAGAUUGAAGAAGCGAUGCCGGGGCUAGACUUCCCUAUUCCAAUGUCCCAAAUUAACGUUAUAGACUUUAUGCGUUUGUCUAAGGUUUCGAUACGAAUUCAAGGAAAACGAAUACUUGUGGUGAUAGACAUCCCGUUACUAGGACAAGAUAUAUAUGAUUUGUAUAAAUUACAUCAAGUUCCAAUACUUCAAACUGGACAACCCAAGGCAGACAGAGCCUACAUCUUGCCGAGAAGUAAAUACCUAGCGCUUGAACGAGACAACAAACGAUAUUUUUACCUAGAUGACAAUGUCCUUCAUAGCUGCAAGAUGAACAACGAUAAAUAUAUUUGUCAAAUAAACCAGGCAAUUUAUGACGCUACCGUAUCACCAUCUUGUGAAGUAAACCUGUUACGAAGACCUACUUUAGAAAUACUACGUACCUGCGACAUCAGACUAUCCACUAACCAACAACCUUAUUGGACUCCUGUUUUAUCACUAGGUGGAUGGUUAUAUUCUGUAUCUGCACCAGAAAUAGCUCAAUUAAGUUGUAACAGGGAACAGCCAAAAAAACUUAAAAUAAAAGGAAGUGGGAUCUUACAAAUAGGAACAAAUUGCAUAAUAAGAACUGACAGUGUUACUCUUACAGCUUUGCCAGAAUCAGUCUCAUUUAUACACAAAAUUUUUUUUAUAUUGUGUGUUUUAAACAGAUCUUGA